CGUCAUCAAUGCUCUAGGAAUCCCAGUCCCUUUCUUUUUACUCUCGCUGCGCGCCGCAGCUCUCCCACUUUCCGUUGCCCCUCCUCUCUUUCGUUCUUUGCUUCUUUCUGUCAGCUAACCUCCAUUUAUACGACAAGUGACGCUGAUGAAAAAGAAAUACCAACCUGUCCACCUCUUUUCGACAACAACUAGAGCAUAACCUAGAUUUCAUCUCCGUCUCACACAUGGAUCAACACAAUUCCCCAGGCUCUGGUGGUGUCUCUGCCACCGCAGAGGCCAGCUCGUCGAAUUCUGAAUUGAGAGUCAAUACGAUCAACGGCGAGAGUAGCAGCAACAGUAUGAGAGAUAUUGAAGAUAUCCUCAACGAAUAUGGCCAAGGAAGCAACAGCAAUAACAACAGCAACGGCAACAACAGCAACAGGAACGAAGAGUCAAGCGCAAAUGUCGAGGAAAGUGAAGACCAAGGCCAGCAAAAUACAAGGAGACGUCCGCAAACUCUGGGCGAUGUGAUGAGGGAACCGGGAUCGCGUGCGCCUGAUGUCAUGGUUUUGGAGUCGAUGCCGGAGGAGUCGAGUAGCAGGAACAGGGUGGCGGCGCUGAAUCCGAAGGAGGAUCUUUGGUUGAGUACUGCUGAUGGACGCUAUAACUCAACCAUUGUACCACUUCGGGUGGGAGAGGCACCUCGGGCGCAAACCUUCUACGUCCAUAAGCACAUACUCCUAAAAGUCGAAUACUUCGAAAAAGCACUCUGCGGCAACUUCAGAGAAUCCGAGACCCAGUCGAUCGAGCUACCCGAAGAAGACCCAGCAAUUUUCCAUUACCUGAUCGCCUUUUUGUACGAAGGGAAAUACGAGCCUAUCAAGCCCGCCUCAUCAGUUCUCGUCCCCGACCAACAAAAGGGAAAAGGUAAAGACAGCUCCGUAGAAGCCAACGGCGGCGGCGGAGUAGAUUCGGAGAACAACAACUCGGAAGACUCCGAGCUUGACACCGACCUCAGCGCCGCUCCCGCUCAACGCCGGCGCGAGCGCCAACGCCGUCGUCAACAAAGAGAACGGCAGCGGGAAUGGGAUCGCGUAAACGGGAAACAUCCCGGCCGUCACCGGCCCAACUGCGGCUGCCCCCGCUGUGUCGUCGAACCCGGUCCUCCUUGCUGGUCCUGCCAUGCGCCCCGAUCACCGGUACCGCCGCCCGGUAUCGGGGCCCCGUACACUCCAACCGGAACAAGACCACCGUUCCCUCACCCUCCCGGCCCCGAAUACCACCACAGGCCCUACCUCGAAAGACUUUUGCAGGGCGAUGGCCUAGGAGCAGCUGCCGAUAGGAGACGUGGUCGCGCAAGACUAGCAGCUCCACCGCCACCUCCUCCUCCACCGCCACCACCUCCUCCUGCCGCCAACCAAACCCUACCCCCCGCGCCACCCGCUCAAGCCUCCUCAUCUUCCUCUUCCAACCAGCCCCCAUCAUUCUCAACCAACUCCGACUCAUACCUAACAGAAGGCAACACCCGCCUCUCGACCCCCGCCGACCUGCGCACCUGGCUCCUCUGCUACGAACACACUUUGUCGGUAUACAUCCUCGCCAAUAAGUUUCUUCUGGACGACUUCAAGGCCGAGAUCGCGCGGCACGCAAUCGACAUGCUGGAGAGCGCGGGCACGGACGCGGCGGUGCCGCAGGUGCUAUUCCUGUGCAAGCGGCUGUGGGAGGGCCUGCCGGAGAGCGACCCCUUGUUGAAGAUGGUGUUUGCUAGGGUGGGGUUUUUGCAGCCUUGGAGGAACAGGAGUAGUGGGUAUGUAUAUGGGAGUGGAAGUGGAAAUAGGGGUAAUGGUAACAACGGGGAAAGAAUUAAUGACAAUGGGAAGAGACCUCGGGGAAGGGAUAGUGGUGGGGAGGGUAUGACAACUGAAAAGGAAAUGGGCGAGGAGGCAGGGGACUGGUUGCACCAGAACCCAGAGAUCGUGACGGCGGUGUUGAUGGAGAUGGCGGCGAGGAGAGAGGAGGAUUUCUACCAGACCCAGUACCAAAGUCCCGGGCUUCAAGGGCCGCCUGGGAUGGGUGGUUAUAUGGGGAUGGGAAUGGGAAUGGGCAGGAUGGACGCAGGAGGCAGGUCGUUGCCGAGCAUGGAGAGACCGUGGGCCGCAGCGGGAGCUGGCGGCGGGGGCAGACCGAAUGGGACGGCAGGAGGGAUGGGGGAUCCUAUGGGAGGAGGAGGAGGAGGAGGCCCAUUGCCGUGGGUGAAUCAUUGGGAUCCAAAUAGGCCGAAUACAUUGAGACCUGGACCCAUGGCACAUCAUCACCAUUGGCCGUUUGGUAGGUGAGAGAGACUGGAGGAGGGGUGGGAGCUGAGGCUCUUUGAUCAAAGCGGAUAGGUGCGAAACCAGAGGUAGAUUGGGUUAGGCAGAGAGAUGCCAAUGAGCGAUCAAAUCGAGAGGAAUCCAGCGCAUACGAUGUAGGCUUAAAGUGUACUCUAGUCAAUUUUAUCUAUCCGGUGAUUUCUUCCAAACUUACUCGUCAUCCUUAUUCGUCUUCCUCAAGCUCUCUGUGGUAUACAGAAGCUUCUGCAAAUCUUGGGGAGUCAGGCUGCUCUCGUCCUCG